AUGGAAGAAAAGCAGGACCUUGCAGAUACCGCGAAACCAAAUGCAGCAGCGGAAGCUUUCCUGUUUGACAGUACUCCAGGAGAUUGGGAGUUCCUAAUGAAAGACUGUGGUUACCAAUUUGCUGGCGACGGAGAUUGCCUGCAAAUGAUACUUCAGGAGUCAGGGGACACUGACACAUCCGACCCUCCUAUAUACGAUACACACAGCCAUACCAUUGGCAUGCCUCCUCCUGUUAGUUGUAAUAGUGAAGCCGCUAGCACACCAUCGGAAUUAGACGAGCGACGGCGCUCCUCUCCUAGCAAAUCGAUCUGUGCGACAAAGAACCCAGAUUGCAGAUUGCAAUCAGACCAACAAAACGGUUCUCUAGAAGCCCUGACAGCUCCGAACACAGCCGGAUUGUCACCUAUACCGAUCACAGAUGCGUACGUAUCAUGGUUGCUAUCCGACUGCAAUAUAGAACCUACCGUUUCCACUGGAAUGACAGCUUUUGGCGUGAAUGUUCACGCUGGGAGCGCACCAGAGUCAGAGGUUAGACAAGAGCUGCUUCAAUCACCGGAUAGAUCGAUUUCACUUCUGAAAGCAGUAGACCGGGAUGUUCCGUCUGCAUGGACGGAUUCGAGAGAUGAAGACAGACAGAGUGACAUUGAAUCCACUCAUGGCUCCAGGAAACGAUCAAGGGCGCUUAGUGAAGACAAAGAAGAUCGAUGCACAGUUGAGCGAAUCGUGGAUCAUGACGAGUAUGCUGGUCGGAAGCGUUAUCUCAUCAAAUGGGGUGGAUGGUCUGAAGAGGACAUGACAUGGGAGCCGGAGAGCAACCUCGAUGAUUGCGAAAAGCUCCUCCAGGACUACUGGGCUCUUGUGAAGCACCAAAACUCAACCGACAACGCUACGAAAACAAUGGCUCGCUCGAGUCCAUCCAGCGGCCAGAUGCGAGCUGGCCAGCCUUCUUUAUUUCCUUCUAUGAUCAAGAUACUUGAUGAUCUCGGACAAGAAAUUUAUCGUUUACGGAAAUUGCUGGCGACUAAACCAGUACAACCAGAGGCGUUGGACAAGGCUGCGUCCGAAUGUACGCGACGCAAAAGAAAGUCACGAGGGGACGAAUGCUCAGAUGAAGAUGGAGAAGAUCUAAAUGCCUAUUCGAACACCAGGGUACGGAUCAAGGUGAGAAGGAACGAAGGUGGGGGGCGGAUGGUUACGUGCAAGCCGCGUAAACGGCACUGCGGACGCUGCAAAAGGACGGGACAUAACGCUCGCACCUGUCUGAAUGAUGCCUCCGAUACUAGUGAUUAG